CCGGCCCGUGCCAGUUCCUGCUGCUCCCGGGCGCCGGCCGCAUCCCUGCUCGCCUCCCCAGGAGAUGGGGCAUCCCCCCCAUUUGGGCUGGCCCUCCCAGGAUCCCCGAGCCGCCUCGGCGCCCCCGUGACCGCCUGGUGCUGUGCCCCCAGGAUGAAGGGCGGAGAGGGGGACGCGGGCGAGCAGGCCCCGCUGAACCCCGCUGGCGACAGCCCCGCGGCCUCGCCCACGUAUCGAGAGUUCGUGCACCGCGGCUACUUGGACCUCAUGGGGGCCAGUCAGCACUCGCUGCGGGCGCUCAGCUGGCGCCGCCUCUACCUCAGCCGGGCCAAGCUCAAGGCCUCCAGCCGCACAUCUGCCCUGCUCUCAGGCUUCGCCAUGGUGGCCAUGGUGGAGGUGCAGCUGGAGAACAAGUACGAAUACCCGCCGGGCCUGCUGGUGGCCUUCAGCAUCUGCACCACCGUCCUGGUGGCUGUGCACCUCUUCGCCCUCAUGGUCUCCACGUGCCUUCUGCCCCACAUCGAAGCCGUUAGCAACAUCCACAACCUCAACUCCGUCCACCAGUCGCCACACCAGCGCUUCCACCGCUACGUGGAGCUGGCCUGGGGCUUCUCCACCGCCUUGGGCACCUUCCUCUUUCUCGCUGAAGUUGUCCUGGUUGGCUGGGUCAAGUUUGUACCCAUUGGGGCCCCUUCAGGAACAACGGCCCCUGUGGUAGCUGCCUCCCAGAGGCCCGCGUCUCUGCCGCCAGUGGCCGCCUCUCUUAGCCCGGCUUCCAAGCUCCCACCGACCCCUUUGCCUGCAGCCCCUUCCGAGGCCUGCCCGCCCCGGCAACUGUGUGGUGGAGGCGGGACCCACGGGCCAGGCUGGCAAGCGGCCAUGGCCUCCACAGCGAUCAUGGUACCUGUGGGGCUCGUGUUUGUAGCCUUUGCCCUGCAUUUCUAUCGCUCCUUGGUGGCCCACAAGACAGACAGGCACAAGCAAGAGUUAGAGGAGCUGAAUCGCCUGCAGGGGGAGCUGCAAGCCGUGUAAGGCUUGGCCUUCACCUCUGCCCCAGGCAUUGCCUCCUUAGGGGAUCUGCUCAGGGCCAGAGGGCCUGCAGAUCGCCUGCCCUGUCCUGCCCCUGGCUAGAACCACUUGCCUGUGGCCACUCUCAGGGGGAGACCGGAUUCCUGCCAGGUUUGGGGUCCUCCCAGCUGGGCCUUGGGCAGCUCCCGCAUUCCCAGGGAUUCUCCCUGUCUGUCCUGUGGGUUUUAGAAGCUCCAGUUGGCCUGGGCUGGGAGGAAGUGGAAGGUUCCUCAGCCCAAGGCUCAUGUGCUAGGUAGAGGAGGACCCUGGUCAGACCAUGGUACUGACCCUCAGCCACUAGUGAAGUCAGAGGUUACAUCCCUGCCCUGCUGCCUUUAACUGUAUUUCCGUAGAAGUUUACUUUAGGCUUGCUAGUUUGGGGAGGGGAGCUUUUCCCAUGCCUGAAUUGGAUGGGUUCCCCACUCGCAACUUUAGUUGCUGUAGAGAGAUUCGGGUGCUUCUAGCCCAGUGACAUAGUGGAUUCACCACAAGGUCAGCAGUUUGAACCCACCAACCACUCCAUAUGAGAGAAGCAUGAGGCUGUAUGCUCCUGUAAAGAUUUACUACCAUGGAAACCCGUGGGCACGGUUCUACUCCACCCUACAGGACUGCUAAGUGAGAAUUGACUCAAGGGGUGCUAGUUUGGUUUGGGCACUUGUAUAGGGCCCUCUUUUCCCAGGACCGGCCUCCUCUCAGCUUUUGACAUAGAGGCAAGGCCUUCCCCACUAUGCAAGGCCAACACAUAGGCUUCCGUGUCUGGUUUUUCGCUCUCCUGGGCCAGGGCUAUGAGUCUUUGGGGGGAUUAAGGGGCUGCCGUGCACCCAGCCUGUCUCCCUAGCAAAGGUGGGAGGAGGUUUUAAGUAAGAUUAGAAGAUCCUGCCCUAAGCCGGGGAAGGCAGUUAUUCUGACACCAAGUUCUUGAUGCGUCUUGUUUUGUAUAAUAAAUGGUGUUUCACAGA